AGCCGCCCCCACCACGGGCCGCGGUCUGUCCCCAGGCUUCCCUGAGCUCGCCAGGCCCGAGGGCUCUGCAGGACGGAAUUCCGGCUAGGCGCGGUGGGGGCACGGGUGGGUCCCCGUGUUCCGGGCAGCGCGCCCGUGAAUCCGCCGCGCGGCCCAUCCAUCUCCGCAACCCGGCUGGCGGCGCCAAGCUCGGUUCGGAGGGCGCUUAGAGACGCAGUGCCACGCUGGGGAGGGCGAGAGGAGUCACAGCCCCCCUCGGGGGCCCAGACUGAGGAGGGGGGUGCCGGCGCCGAGCUGGGGAAGCGUGGGGCUGUGGGCACCUCUCUCUGGGCACACACCUUCAGCGCCGCGCGAUCUUGGGGGGCAGGUGGCCUCAGACCUCGCCAACCAGCAGUGUUGCGAGUCCCGCUUGCUCCCGGGUACGUUAAACGUCAGGCAGGAGCUGCUUAGCUGGGGUCACCGGACGCCUUCUGCUCCUUUCGCCCGGAGCCGGCGGGUCGAGCUUUAAGCCAACCCCAGCUGGACGCUGUGCUCCUAUAAAUAGCGCGCGGGUGCCCGCUUCGCGCUCUCCCGGCUGCGCGAGGAGAGAAAGUUGUGCACAGGGACUGGGGAAGGGAGACCCCGCCAGCCCAGCUGCCCUGCACCUUGGAACUGAUCCCGGGAAAUUGUGCUUUCAGUGCGGUCUCGCCGCUGCCUACCUACGUCGGAGUGACUCCAGGCUUCGGGGAAUUUUUGACCAAGGGAAAGCGAGAAUCGCCAGCAUCCUGGCUGCGAACACAGGCUCGCGUUCUUCUCAGCCCAGGAAACACCUCCAGCCUCUGUAAUUCGUCCCUGCGCAAGCCAGACUCAUACAGGACCUACACUGCACCGCUUGGCACCCGCCGCUCUUGCGGCUUCUCUGAGUCCCCGCCGUCUUUCCUGCUCCGUGGUUCACCUGGGGGUGCUUGGGUUGGGGCUGAAAUUUAUUUAUUUAUUUUUCUACUUGAGGUGUGAUUGUGAGAGCUUGGCGACUUUUAGAUGUGGAAGAAGAAUAAGGGUGGGUGCAGGGGCCCCAGGCAGGGCUGAUUCUUGGGCGGAGGAGGGUAGGUAGGGGUUCUGCAUGAGCUCCUUAAAGGACAAAGGUAACAACAGAGCCAGCGAGAGAGCUCGAGGGGAGACUUUGACUUCAGCCCACAGAAUUGGUGGAAGUGUGCGCGCCGCCGCCGCCGUCGUUCCUGCAGCGCUGUCCAUCUAGCCACUGGCAUCUUUUGGAGCUCCGGGAUCCCAGGGUAGGAGGCGACGCCGGCGAGCAGAAGCGCCAGCCGGCUGCCGCUGCCCACGCCGCUCACCAUGGGCUCCGCGCGCCGGGGGCUGUCCGUGGUGCCGGCCGUUCUGCUGGCCCUCACGCUGCCAGGGCUGCCCGUCUGGGCGCAGAACGACACCGAGCCCAUCGUCCUGGAGGGCAAGUGUCUGGUAGUGUGCGACUCGAACCCGGCCACGGACUCCAAGGGCUCCUCUUCUUCCCCUCUGGGGAUAUCGGUCCGGGCGGCCAACUCCAAGGUGGCCUUUUCAGCCGUGCGGAGCACCAACCACGAGCCAUCGGAGAUGAGCAACAAAACGCGCAUCAUUUACUUCGAUCAGAUCCUAGUUAAUGUGGGUAAUUUUUUCACAUUGGAGUCUGUCUUUGUAGCACCAAGGAAAGGAAUUUACAGUUUCAGUUUUCACGUCAUUAAAGUCUACCAGAGCCAAACGAUCCAGGUGAACUUGAUGUUAAAUGGAAAACCAGUAAUAUCUGCAUUUGCUGGGGACAAAGAUGUCACUCGUGAAGCUGCCACGAAUGGAGUCCUGCUCUACCUGGACAAAGAGGACAAGGUUUACCUAAAACUGGAGAAAGGUAACUUGGUUGGAGGCUGGCAGUAUUCCACAUUCUCCGGCUUUCUGGUGUUCCCCCUAUAGAAUCUGACUUCUCCGUUUAUCCAGGUGAGGGGCAGCCCACCCCUGAGUUAUUGGAAGAUCAUUUUUCAUCACUGGAUUCGUGUCUUUUAUUGGUUUCUCAUGGGUGAAUAUGGAUUCUCUUUAAGGAUUCCAGACCUGUCCGAACCAAUACAAAAUUUCAGAUUAUUUUCAUGUGUGUGUGUGUGUUUGAGUAUAUUUGGAUCGGGACUCAAAGCAGAUCAUGCUUAUCUAUGCUUACCUGUAACGGUCAAAAGCUGUCUCAAGAUUUGUUUUGAAUUUAAUUUCCUGGAAUUACUGAAUUCAUUGCAGAUGCGAAUUUUUAUUUAUUUAUUUUUAAAGACUGGCAACCGGGUCUAGGAAUUAGAACACUCUAAAAGUUCUGGCUUCAAUCAAUGGUUCAUGUGAUGCUGCCAAAGAACUGUAUUCUGUGUGGAUAUAUUGAUUAUGCUUGUUUUUUUUUUUAAUUCCAAAGGAAUUCGUUUGUUCUGUUUUCUUAAGGAAACUGGGAAUGGGUUUUAGUGACUGGUUUUGUGUUUUUUCCAUAAAGAAGGUAAUAGAUGGCUUGCCUGGAAACUUACCUUGGCUAUGAGAUCACCUGUAUGGCUUCCUUCAAUGAGAAAAGAGAGAAAAGAAAAAAGAAAAGAAUGCUUCAUAAUUGUAUUUUAAUUAUAUAUGUGAAAGAGUCAUAUUUUCCAAAUUAUAUUUUCUAAUAGGAAAAAUAGAUCAUAAAUCUGACAAGGAAAAAGUUGCUUACCCAAAUUCUAAGUGCUCGGUCCUCAAACCUUGGUAAAACAGCUCUCCUCUGUGGGAACUCUUAUUCUUUAUUACUCAACUUUAAUUAACAUGAUUGAUAAUAACUACUUUAUUAAAAACCUAAGGGAUUUUUUUUCCUUAGACAUGAUGGCUUUAUUAACUGGAGAUGGGAUGCCCUUGUUUUUAAUCACACCUAUUUUUCAAACCUUCUGUCGUGUUUGAAGUAUCAUCUGGUUUUGCCUUAACUCCUUAAAUUGUAUAUAUUUAUCUGUUUAGCUAAUUGUAAAUCCAAAUAUCCCACAUCUAAAUUUAGUGCAAUAUUUUAUUUUGUCUUUUGUAUAGGCCAUAUGAAUUCAUAAACUUAUUUAUGUCUGUUAUAGAAUAAAGGUUAAUAUAUGUUA